GGAUAUUCAAGCGAACAGGACGACGAGCGAGCAAGUGGAUAAACUGGCGCAAGGCAUUAAGAAGAGCCAGUCGAUACAUGUGUGAGAAUAGUUCGCAUUGUGGAGGUAAAAAUGUAAUUGUAAUCUUGCUGUAUCCUGAGCGUGAUUCAUGAUUGUUCAGCUCAUGAAGAUACUUUUUGAAUAGGAAGAUUAUUCACUCGUCACCGCAGCGUCUAUUGAGAUAUAUCAACUCGUGAGGGCACGGUGGCCACAAAUCAAGCACCUUUCGAUCCCUACCUUAUAGAAUAACAACAUUAUGGGCAGCAGAAGUUCUUCAGACUGCAGCGACGAAGAGAGCUCAGACUCGUCCCUGCAGAGUUUUCUCGCAGAACUUAGCUCUGCAGAUGCACUCCCAUCAUCAAGGACGUCGCCAUCAUCUCUCAAGGCCAUAGAGGCAGAUAUCAUGAGCGUGGAAGAAAGUCUACAAAGCGAUGAGCUAGAGGUCCAUAGCUUGCAGUCACUCGGAAGGGCCGAGAACAUUCUUGGUCUGCCAGGACAUCAACCUUCUUUGACAGUCACCACACAAAGAUUUGAGUCGAGAGCAGGACAUGAUAUUUUCAGCAUAGAUCUACCGUCUCGAAACAAUAGUGACAGCCCACAGACAGAUCCCGAUUUCGAAGAGUCACCAGUAUCAUCUUCGCCUUGUACAAGCACCUCCUGGAUUGCGGGAACAGGAAUGAUCUCCAGUGACAUGGCAAAUUCGAUGAUUUCAAGCGACGGGAACGGCGAGCGAAGCAUUGGCGACAUCAGAAGGGAUAUCUUCUAUGACGCGGAGGACAGAAGCGACAGGGCAAGGGAGUUGGACGUAGGAGGUGACGCUGCAUUGGUCGAUAUGUUUCAUGCUGGGGACCUUCAGGAGAGCGAAGAAAGUGAGACAAGCGAAAGUGGCGAAGAGAGUGAGUGCAGCGGAAGGGACCUUGGAGAUGAUAUGGAUGAUAUCUCCACCAACAAAAUCUCAUCUGAACAGGCCCAGAUAGCACUUGCUGUCACUUUGGUGGUAAUGGCAACGUUGUGGGCAUGGGAGUGCUCAUGUGAAGUCCAUUAAAAAGCAUACUAUGUCUCAAAUAUCUCUUG